AUAUGAGGAUCAAUGAUGCAGACUGCUGGGUUCGAUGAAGCUGGGCUUUUAUAACUAGAUUCAUUAAGGAAUACAAAGAAAAUAUUUAAAGAGAUCAAUAAUGGUGUCUUCUGGUUGCAGAAUGCGAAGUCUGUGGUUUAUCAUUAUAAUCAGCUUCUUAUCGAAUACAGAAGGUUUCAGCAGAGCAGCUUUACCAUUUGGGUUAGUUAGGCGAGAAUUGUCCUGUGAAGGUUAUUCUAUAGAUCUUCGGUGUCCAGGCAGUGAUGUCAUCAUGAUUGAGAGUGCUAACUAUGGUCGGACAGAUGACAAGAUUUGUGAUGCUGACCCAUUUCAGAUGGAGAAUACAGACUGCUACCUCCCAGAUGCCUUCAAAAUUAUGACUCAAAGGUGCAACAACCGAACACAGUGUAUAGUAGUUACUGGGUCAGAUGUAUUUCCUGAUCCAUGUCCUGGAACAUACAAAUAUCUUGAAGUCCAGUAUGAAUGUGUCCCUUACAUUUUUGUGUGCCCUGGAACUUUGAAAGCAAUUGUGGACUCACCAUGUAUAUAUGAAGCUGAACAGAAGGCAGGUGCCUGGUGCAAGGAUCCUCUUCAGGCUGCAGAUAAAAUUUAUUUCAUGCCCUGGACUCCCUAUCGUACUGACACUUUAAUAGAAUAUGCUUCUUUGGAAGACUUUCAAAACAGUCGCCAAACAACAACAUAUAAACUACCAAACCGAGUAGAUGGUACUGGAUUUGUUGUGUAUGAUGGUGCUGUCUUCUUUAACAAAGAAAGAACAAGGAAUAUUGUGAAAUUUGACUUGAGGACUAGAAUUAAGAGUGGAGAGGCCAUAAUUAACUAUGCCAAUUAUCAUGAUACCUCACCAUACAGAUGGGGAGGAAAGACUGAUAUUGACCUAGCCGUUGAUGAAAAUGGCUUGUGGGUCAUUUAUGCCACUGAACAGAACAAUGGAAUGAUAGUUAUUAGCCAACUCAAUCCAUAUACUCUUCGAUUUGAAGCAACGUGGGAGACUGUAUAUGACAAACGUGCAGCAUCAAAUGCUUUUAUGAUCUGUGGAGUCCUCUAUGUGGUCAGGUCAGUUUAUCAGGACAAUGAAAGUGAAACAGGCAAGAAUGCUAUCGAUUACAUUUACAAUACCCGAUUAAACCGAGGAGAAUAUGUAGAUGUUCCCUUCCCCAACCAAUACCAGUAUAUUGCUGCAGUGGAUUACAAUCCAAGAGAUAACCAACUGUACGUGUGGAACAAUAACUUCAUUUUACGAUACUCUCUGGAGUUCGGACCACCUGAUCCUGCCCAAGUGCCUACCACAGCUGUGACAAUAACUUCUUCAGCUGAGCUGUUCAAAACCACAGUAUCAACCACAAGCACUACUUCACAGAAAGGCCCCAUGAGCACAACUGUAGCUGGAUCACAGGAAGGAAGCAAAGGGACAAAACCACCUCCAGCAGUUUCUACAACCAAAGUUCCUCCUGUAACAAAUAUUUUUCCCCUGCCAGAAAGAUUCUGCGAAGCAUUAGAUGCGAGGGGAAUAAGGUGGCCUCAGACUCAAAGGGGAAUGAUGGUUGAACGACCAUGUCCCAAGGGAACAAGAGGAACGGCCUCAUAUCUCUGCAUGGUUUCCACUGGAACAUGGAACCCUAAGGGCCCCGAUCUUAGCAACUGUACCUCACACUGGGUAAAUCAGCUGGCUCAGAAGAUCAGAAGUGGAGAAAAUGCUGCUAGUCUUGCCAAUGAACUGGCUAAACAUACCAAAGGUCCAGUUUUCGCUGGGGAUGUGAGUUCUUCAGUCAGACUGAUGGAGCAGUUGGUGGACAUCCUUGAUGCACAGCUGCAGGAACUGAAACCCAGUGAGAAGGAUUCAGCUGGCCGGACUUUUAACAAAGCAAUUGUUGACACGGUGGACAACCUGCUGAGACCUGAAGCUUUGGAAUCAUGGAAACACAUGAAUUCUUCUGAACAAGCACACACUGCAACAAUGUUACUUGAUACAUUAGAAGAAGGAGCUUUUGUCCUGGCUGACAAUCUAGUAGAACCCACCAGGGUCUCCAUGCCGACAGAAAAUAUUGUUCUGGAGGUUGCAGUACUCAGUACUGAAGGACAGGUUCAGGAUUUUAAAUUUCCUCUGGGCAUCAAAGGAGCUGGCAGCUCAAUCCAACUCUCUGCAAAUACUGUCAAACAGAACAGCAGGAAUGGACUUGCAAAGUUGGUGUUCAUCAUUUACCGGAGUCUGGGGCAAUUCCUUAGUACAGAAAAUGCAACCAUAAAACUGGGUGCUGACUUCAUUGGUCGUAACAGCACCAUUGCUGUGAAUUCCCACGUCAUUUCAGUUUCAAUCAAUAAAGAGUCCAGCCGAGUAUACUUGACAGACCCUGUGCUUUUUACUCUACCACACAUUGAUCCUGACAAUUAUUUCAAUGCAAACUGCUCCUUCUGGAACUACUCAGAGAGAACUAUGAUGGGAUAUUGGUCUACCCAGGGCUGCAAGCUGGUUGACACCAAUAAAACUCGUACAACGUGUGCAUGUAGCCACCUAACCAAUUUUGCAAUUCUCAUGGCCCACAGGGAAAUUGCAUACAAAGAUGGAGUUCACGAAUUACUCCUUACAGUCAUCACCUGGGUGGGAAUUGUCAUUUCCCUCGUUUGCCUGGCCAUCUGCAUCUUCACCUUCUGCUUUUUCCGCGGUCUCCAAAGUGACCGCAAUACUAUUCACAAGAACCUUUGUAUCAACCUUUUCAUUGCUGAAUUUAUUUUCCUAAUAGGCAUUGAUAAAACAAAAUACAUGAUUGCAUGCCCAAUAUUUGCAGGACUUCUACACUUUUUCUUUUUGGCUGCUUUUGCAUGGAUGUGCCUAGAAGGUGUUCAGCUCUAUCUAAUGUUAGUUGAAGUUUUUGAAAGUGAAUAUUCAAGAAAGAAAUACUACUAUGUUGCUGGUUACUUGUUUCCUGCCACAGUGGUUGGAGUUUCAGCUGCUAUUGACUAUAAGAGCUAUGGAACAGAAAAAGCUUGCUGGCUUCAUGUUGAUAACUAUUUUAUAUGGAGUUUCAUUGGACCAGUUACAUUUAUUAUUUUGCUAAAUAUUAUCUUCUUGGUGAUCACGUUGUGCAAAAUGGUGAAGCACUCAAACACUUUGAAACCAGAUUCUAGCAGGUUGGAAAACAUUAAGUCUUGGGUGCUUGGCGCUUUCGCUCUUCUAUGUCUUCUUGGCCUAACGUGGUCAUUUGGGUUGCUUUUUAUUAAUGAGGAGACUAUUGUGAUGGCAUAUCUCUUCACCAUCUUUAAUGCUUUCCAGGGAGUGUUCAUUUUCAUCUUUCACUGUGCUCUCCAAAAGAAAGUACGGAAAGAAUACGGCAAGUGCUUCAGACACUCAUACUGCUGUGGCGGCCUCCCCACUGAGAGCCCUCACAGUUCAGUGAAGGCAUCAGCGACCAGAACCAGCGCUCGGUAUUCCUCUGGCACACAGAGUCGUAUAAGAAGGAUGUGGAAUGACACUGUGAGAAAACAAUCUGAAUCUUCUUUUAUCUCAGGUGACAUCAAUAGCACUUCAACACUUAAUCAAGGACUGACAUCACAUGGUCCGAGAGCCCAUCUUCAAGAUUUAUAUCAUUUAGAGCUACUCUUAGGCCAGAUAGCCUGAGCAGACAGACAUGAUGUGAGUUGUCCAAAGACAUUCACUGAACAAUGCCAGGGAUACAAGUGCCAUGGAUACUCUACCGCUAAAUGGUAAUUUUAACAACAGCUACUCACUGCGCAAAGGGGACUAUAAUGACAGCGUGCAAGUCGUGGACUGUGGACUAAGUCUGAAUGAUACUGCUUUUGAGAAAAUGAUCAUUUCAGAGUUAGUGCACAACAACCUACGGGGCAGCAGCAAGACUCACAACCUGGAGCUCGCGCUCCCAGUCAAACCUGUGAUUGGCGGAAGCAGCAGCGAAGAUGAUGCUAUUGUGGCGGACGCUUCAUCUUUAAUGCACGGCGACAACCCAGGGCUGGAGCUCCAUCACAAAGAACUCGAGGCACCGCUCAUUCCUCAGCGGACUCACUCCCUUCUGUACCAGCCCCAGAAGAAAGUGAAGGCCGAGGGGACUGACAGCUAUGUCUCCCAACUGACCGCUGAGGCGGAGGACCACCUGCAAUCCCCCAACAGAGACUCUCUUUACACAAGCAUGCCCAACCUUAGAGACUCUCCCUACCCGGAGAGCAGCCCCGACAUAGAAGAGGACCUCUCUCCCUCCAGGAGGAGUGAGAAUGAGGACAUUUACUAUAAAAGCAUGCCAAAUCUCGGAGCUGGCCGUCAGCUUCAGAUGUGCUACCAGAUCAGCAGGGGCAAUAGUGAUGGUUACAUAAUCCCCAUUAACAAAGAAGGGUGUAUCCCGGAAGGAGAUGUUAGAGAAGGACAGAUGCAGCUGGUAACAAGUCUUUAAUAGUGCAGCUAAGGAAUUCCAGGGGCCACAUACAAGUAUUAAGAAAUAAAGACUCCUUUCCCUUGGCCCGGCGCAGAUCCCUCCACCUCUGCCUGAAGAGACGGCUCUGUUGACCUGUGGUUCUCCAGUGUAAAAAAGAUGACUGAACCUUGCAGUUCUGUGAAUUUUUAUAAAACAUGCGAAAACUUUGUAUAUACAGAGUAUACUAAAAUGAAUUAUUUGUUACAAAGAAAAGAGAUGCCAACCAGGUAUUUUAAGAUUCUGCUGCUGUUUAGAAAAAUUGUGAAACAAGCAAAACAAACUUUCCAGCCAUUUUACUGCAGCAGUUUGUGAACUAAAUUUGUAAAUAUGGCUGCACCAUUUUUGUAGGCCUGCAUUGUAUUAUAUACAAGACGUAGGCUUUAAAAUCCUGUGGGACAAAUUUACUGUACCUUACUGUUCCUGACAAGACUUGGAAAAGCAGGAGAGAUAUUCUGCAGUAGUUUGCAGUUCACUGCAAAUCUUUUACAUUAAGGCAAAGAUUGAAAACAUGUUUAACCACUAGCAAUCAAGCCACAGGCCUUAUUUCAUAUGUUUCCUCAACUGUACAAUGAACUAUUCUCAUGAGAAAUGGCUACAGAAAUUAUAUUUUGUUCUAUUGCUAGGGUAAAAUAAAUACAUUUGUGUCCAACUGAAAUAUAAUUGUCAUUAAAAUAAUUUUAAAGAGUUUGAAGAAAAUAUUGUGAAAAGCUCUUGGUUGCACAUAUGUUAUGAAAUGUUUUUUCUUACGCUUUGUCUUGGUAAGUUCUACCCAUUUCCACUUAUUUUCCACUGUAUACAGUGUUCUGCUUUGACAAGUUAGUCUUUAUUCUUACAUUUAAAUUUCUCAUUGCCAAAAGAACGUGUUUUAUGGGGAGAAAACUCUUUGAAGCCAGUUAUGCCAUGCCUUGCACAAACGUGGUGAAAUCUAGAAAAGAUUGUGUGUCAACCUCUGUUUAUUCUUGAACAGAGGGCAAAGAUUUGGACACUAGGCACUUCUCACCAACUUUCUAGUGAACAAAAGGUGCCUAUUCUUUUUUAAAAAAUAAAAUAAAACAUAAAUAUUACUCUUCCAUAUUCCUUCUGCCUAUAUUUAGUAAUUAAUUUAUUUUAUGAUAAAGUUCUAAUGAAAUGUAAAUUGUUUCAGCAAAAUUCUGCUUUUCUUUUCAUCCCUUUGUGUAAACCUGUUAAUAAUGAGCCCAUCACUAAUAUCCAGUGUAAAGUUUAACACGGUUUGACAGUAAAUAAAUGUGAAUUUUUUCAAGUAGUUAAUGUGCACUUUUAUGUAUGACCCCGAAUGGACAUUUACCCACAGAUCUUUCCCACGCCUGUCUGCUGGGGUGUAUUUAGCUCCCUUCUUAGUAUACAUGAUCAAAAACAGUAGCUCACCUAUUUGUUUCACAUGCUGAACAGAACAUAUUUUUAUUUUAAUUAACCAUUCCCAUUCACAAAUCUAGCUGGUAAGUUUUAAAAGGUUAACAUGUUGAAAGUAUUUUUGUUCGUUUCAUUGCACCAAGACUAAAACA